AUGCCACCAUGGAGGAAUCAAAAGGCAACAGGACCUUCACCUACAAGGGCUGCAAAAAAGACCACCUCCACAACCAAUAGGGGCAAAAAUAAGCGCGCUGCUGUCGUUGCAAGGGCGCAGCGUGCACCGGUUUCAAUGGGCCUCAGCAAGAUACUUGGAGCUCAUCCGCUGAACGUUGUGGAAAAUGACACUGUGAUCACAGUUCCAUCUCCAUGCGAUGGAAAAUUGUCUUCUUUUCAGCGCCUGGCAACCGUCGUACACGGUAUUUUUUUGGUCACAUUGGUGACAAAGGCGCAACUUGGGGUAUUGCAUUUUGAACAAGGUAUCACGGCAACGGCAGACGAUCGCUGGCUUGAAUCUCUUGUGCGGUACUGUGGAUUUACAGUACUGCUGAACGACAUUAUUGAGACUGCAGCCGCAUUCAGCGACUGGUUGCAAGUCUUUGUGGUCUUGAAGCAAAGCGGGGAGGCGCUACAGAAUCCUCUGAAAGCUGUCGGUGAGGCAACAGGUCUGACGUCAACGGUUCCAAAAGAAAUUGUGGUGGUGAGGCUUAAACUUCUUCGUGUGACGGUGCCAUCAGUUUCGGAGGCGGAGGUGUUUCUUUGUAAGCGGUGGGGUCAGAGCGAAGGUUGGCGGAGGGAUGCGAAGAGUUGUUUGAAAUUUUUGCUGGAUGGUGAGACAACACCGACAGGGCAUUUUUUUAACAAUGAUGCUCGACCAGUGGCUGGGAGGCCAACUUCUAACGUGUCCCCUCUGGCGAAUAGUGACGAGGAUGCGAAUGACGGCGGCGAAGUUAACGAUGAAGAGCUAUUGGCACAAAUAUCAAAGGAGCUUCGUGCUUCAUUGUCGCAGGAAAAGCUGCGAUGCGUUGUUGCACAAAUGCGGAGGGAAGUCAUGGGGCUAGACGCAAAGCAGCAGGAGUUGGUGACUAGACGUCAACAGCGGGAACAUCUGUUGGCCACCUACGAUCUGGUGUGCGUCAUACUCGGUGAGAGGCGCUCUGUCUGCAACUUGGCACAGUUAGUGCCUCAGAUGGCGGCGCAAAAUCGCUUUGGUGAUGACGAGGAAAAAAUUCUCCAGCAACUGGCAUCUCUUGCGUUGUACCGUGAGAGUGGCAUUGCGAUGUUUUCGUUAGAUGAUGCUUUGGAGAAGCACCUGAGUAGCGAGACAGAGGCUGGUGCCACGUCAUUCACCUCAAAAUCGGUGAAUGUAAGUAAGUGCACCACGCAGGAGUUGGAGUCGGUGGUGCUUUGUUUAGAUCGCCAUGCAGCGUCAAGAGCCAAACUGUUCACGGCAGUACAACAAGAGUGA